AUGCGUUUAGGCGAUAAGAGACCGUCAAUGCUGCUAAACGAAAUGCAAAGACUGGGAGGAAUGGCAUGUAGCACGCAACUACUUAAAACGUUAUGGUUACAACAACUACCGGUAACUACACAAUCUUGUCUAACAAUGAGUACUGGGACAAUUGAAGAGCUUGCCAGACUUGCCGACAAGAUUUCUGAGAUCGACCAACAACGGAUGAUUGUUAAUACAGUUUCCGAAUCAACAACAGAGAUAUUAAAAACAUUAGUAAAAGAAGUGAACGAAUUAAAAGUCGCCGCCAACCGAAACGACAACCGAUCCCGUUCAUUAAGCACAAGUAAAACAUCGCGAUCACGUUCAGUUUCACGCGCAAGAUAUGGAAAAUGGAGGAUGGGCGAAAACGGUUAUUGUUUUUACCAUGAUAAUUUUGGUAAAAAAGCCAGGAAGUGUGUAGAUCCUUGUGAGUAUACUACCUCUAAAGGUAAUCAACACGAGGGAAACUAA